GCCCAGGAUCCCUUAAGAUCCCCCAAAAUCUUCCCUCGAGCUGAGCCACGUACCCACCAUGAACUUCACUCCAUUUGGCAACACUUUCCCUGGGAAUAUACCCGGCCUGCCGCAAUUCACUACCAGCACAGCGCCCUUGGUUUCCACGGUUACAGCUGCCGUGGCGGAUGUGACGGUGACCACCACCAAUAACCCACAGCAACAGCAGCAGCAGCAGGAUGCUGCCGGCACUAGCAAUCGCUACCAGCAGCAACAGCAACAGGUCACACACUUUGGCCAGGCCAAUUUGGCCACCGGUCAGAGUGGCAGCGGGAAUAACAAAUUCCGCGGUGGCCAGGAGGAUGCACUACAGGGUGACAAGUACAAUGGGCACUUGGUGGCUGCCUCCCAGCAGCAGCAACAGCAACAGCAGCAGCAACAGCAGACGCAGUAUGCCACGGUGGCUUAUGCCAGUGCCACCACAACAAGCGCAGCAGCAGAUGCACUGCAAGCAAGCACUUCCGGCCAGCAACAACAGCAACAGCAGCAGCAGAUGCAGCAGCAACAAGUGACGGCGCCACAGGAACUCACCCAAGAUCUGUGCAAUGCCAUUCUGCAGCAACAAGUACUCCAAAAUACCUCUUGGCAAACACUGACGCCGGGCACCACCGUGGCCGACUACCUCUCGCAUCUUCCAGCCAACACAUUGCCCCUGUCGCUGCAUCACUUCCUCAAGUAUUCCGCGGAAACGAUAAAAAAGGAGAAUCAGCAAAAUGUGGUACUUCAGGUGCAGACGGGACCAGCCAUAGGCAUCAAUACCCUUGGCACCACAACCAUUAGUAUACCUCAGCAGGAGCAGUUGACGCUGCAGCCGCAGCAGCAAACGACCACCUUGCAGGUGCAGCAGGCCCAGGCGGCGGUCACGGCCACAGCGACGACGGUUACAGCGGCAACUGGAGCCGGAGCCAGUGGCAGUUCCUCCAAGAAAAAGAAGCGCAAAAAGCGUAGCAAGGAUCGAAAACCCAAGCUGCGACCUGGAGAGAUUCGUUUGGGAACAGCGCUCGAUGGCAGCCCCUUGUACAUGUGCCCCGAAUGUCAUGUGGCUUACCCAGAGCCGGAGCUUCUCGAAGUCCAUCUGGUGGGUCACAACCUGGAAAAGCGGUAUGUCUGCGAUAUAUGCCAGGCAUCCCUGAAGCGCAAGGAUCACCUCACCCGCCACAAGCAAUCGCAUAAUCCGGAUCGACCCUACAUCUGCACCGUCUGCCUGAAGGCCUUCAAGCGGAAGGAGCAGCUGAGCCUGCACUUUGUGAUUCAUUCCGGGGAGAAGCGGCAUCAGUGUGCCGAGUGUGGCAAGGGUUUCUAUCGCAAGGAUCACUUAAGAAAACAUACACGCUCGCAUAUAGCCAGGAGGGUCAAGGCGGAGCUUAACAGUCAUGUUCGUAGGGAGAAUGGCACUAGCAUGCUGCAACCAGUGGUUACGGAGGCCACCACGGCAGCCUUGCAACAUGCCAAUCAAUUAGCCAGCCAACAGCAACAGUUGCAACAGCAGCAACAGCAACAACAACAGCAGCAGCAACAACAGCAGCAACAGCAACAACAACAGCAGCAUCACAUAGUGAUCACCCAGCAACAGGCACCGCAGCAGCAACAGCAGACAUCGCAGCAGCAGCAGCAACAGCAGCAAAUGAUAAAUUAG